GUUUUUCAAAAAAGUGUGUGAGAUACAUCGCGCAGCUGACACAAAAGCAGAAAACUUCAUCAUUUAUUCUCUAAAUAUUUAAAGAAGAAAAAAACUUAAAUUUCUUAUUUUAGUUUUUUAGUUUAUUAUACACCAACUAAAUAAAUAACUAAAUUGCUUCUUCAUAUAUCAAUUUAAAUGUGAAAAGUUAAUAAAUGCUUUGCAGUCUGAAUGAGUUAUCCUCUAUUUCACAAAUUAAAGAUGUUUCAAGCUGCUAUGAUCAAAGAUCACAAGGAGCAUUGAAAACACGUUGAAUCCAACAAAUUAAUUGUGUUUUGAACUCGCGUAUAGCGUCAUGGAUGAUAACAUCAGCACGAAUUCGUCGUCUGAUUCAAUAAGUACAAGUGGAGAAUACGAAAUUGUCGUCGAUAACCCAAUGAAUACAAAGUCCAGUAAUAUUAACAACAAAUCACCAACUUUAGAUAUACCCAAUAACGGUGAUUUUCAUGAUCUAAAAAACGACAUGACCGAGGCAAUUCGAGAGCUAGAACAAACAGAUCUUAUUGUUUCGAAGUGCGACUAUGAACUUCUGAAUGAUUUGUGUGUGGAUAGGACAACAGAGGCGAUGGCAUUGUGUCAAUUGAACAACGGACGUAAUUCGAUGGAAGUUAAAGCCUGCAUUUUGGAUGCUAUUAACGAUGAAAAUGCUGUAAAUAACAAUAUUAUGAUGAAUGAAUCAGGUCUUGUGCAAGAUACAGCUUCGUGUAAUGCAACAAAAUUGGCACAGAAGUCGUUGACACUUCCCUUGGCUGGGACAUCAAAAUCAACAAAUAUACCAGUAGCAACUCAGUUGGGUACUCAAACUCUUGGUCGACAUGGUGGCCCACUAUCACCUAAAUCGAAUAUAUCUACACCAGAUGUCAAUAAGGUUGGUCAUUCGGUGUUCUAUGAUUGUAUCGAUGGCAGCCCAGCUGGCGGAGAAAAACAGGAUGAUAUGAAACCGGAAAAAAGUGAUACUGAUGAAGAAGUUUCAGAUAUCGACCAACAGGGAUGCACAAUAUUUUCUGGCGUCACUUACUUGGGAGCAGCUAACAUAAAUGCACCAAAGUCAGAAAUUGACAUUCACAGAAUAAUGUGUGAGUUAAAUACGGGAUCGAAUUCGGUUGGCCUUAAAGUUUCUGUCAGCAUUCCCAAUUGUUCCGAUGGUCUUGUCAUGCUCUAUGACGCAGACAACAAUUCACUUAUAUCGUCGUAUGAAGUACAAACAAUAAUUUUGUAUUUUCGCGGACCAGUUGACAGUACCGAACGCGGUUGCUUUGCUUUUACUUGGUUGCAUGGUGAAUCCUUGUUCCAAUGUCAUGUGUUCCGAUGUCAUAUACCCGAGGCAGUCAACCAAGUUAGCGCAUGUUUCACCAAAGCUUUUCGACGUUAUCCAGCCAGUCUAACGUGCAGUGUCACUUCAGCGGUCGAUAGUAUAAUGAUAAACUCAAUUACCUCGGACAUAAGUGGUAAUCCAAUUAGUGCAGCCGGCUAUGAGUUUAUAGUUUCACUUGAAAUCCGAGAGAAAGUGGCCAAGGCGUAUUGUGCUGUUCCACGGGGUGAUAGGUCAAGCUUCAAAUUGCGAUGCAAGACCGACAAAGAAGUGUGCAUUACUGUAAAACAAACUGCAUCUUCAACACUACAACCACUUUUUAUUGAACGAUGUUUUGGAGUUCUUCUCAGUCCUGGCAAACUUGUCCGCCAGGCUGAUAUGCAAUUACUCGAUAUGGUCUCGAUGGGAUAUCAAGUGGCCAACGUUGACAACCAAACUCCUUUGACCCUUAAUCCGUAUCAAAUCCGUGCCGAAUGGAAAGCUAGCGACAAAGCUUUUGAGCAGCUCAACUAUGAAUCUAAUAAAACGUUCCUCACUGUAGCUGUGGAUCUUGUUAUUCGUGGAAUACAAGAACCUGUACGAUUUGUUAUUGAAACUCCAGUCAUAAUACAGUCACAAACUGAAAUUCGUAUAAUGGAUCAUUUCACAUCCAAGCGUCCCAUGUCACUGCGUUUCUAUCUACAUUUGAAGAAAACCGAUGAAGCCUCCUGGGAGGUGGCAUCUAUUGAUCCAUCUGAGGAAAUACUCGAACAAACACCCCAGUCGUCUCUUCUUAAAUUUGGAAUUAAUAAUUUAUCACGAAUGGUUCGAUCGUCGAGUGUUGUAUCAAUUGAAGAUGAUUGUCCAACAGAUUAUAGUUCCGAUGGAGAUGAACCUUUGCUCAGUGGCACUGGCGAAGUUUCAAAGGAGUGCUCACAAUAUACCUUAGAUGAAUGGGAUCCGAUAUUAAAAGAAUGGGACACAGAAAAGAGACCUAAAAAUUUGGCUCCGCUUGUGAGGCUCGGUGUUCCUGAGGCAUUGAGAGGAAAAAUAUGGCAAAAGUUAUCAAAUGUAGAAGGCAAAAUUGAAAUGACCGACAUGUAUAGGACUUUGAUAACUGAAAAAACAAAAUGUGAAACAGUUAUUCAGCGAGACAUUCACAGAACAUUUCCUGCACAUAAAUGUUUCAAAGAAACCGGUGGAUCUGGACAGGAUGCACUUUUCAAAGUGUCUAAAGCAUAUGCCGUCUAUGACAGUGAAGUUGGCUAUUGUCAGGGUCUGAGCUUUAUUGCUGCCAGUUUACUUUUACAUAUGCCCGAAGAAGACUCAUUUUGCGUGCUGGUUUCGCUAAUGUACGACUAUCGUCUUCGAGACCUCUACAAGCAAGGCUUUGAAUCCCUUUACCUGCGAUUGUUCCAACUUGACCGCCUUAUUCGCGAACAUUUGCCCAAACUUCAUGAGCAUUUCGAACGAUGCGGUGUCGAAACUCAUAUGUAUGCAUCUCAGUGGUUCCUCACCUUAUUCACAGCAAGAUUUCCUUUAUGUUUCGUAUUCCAUGUUCUCGAUGUAUUCCUACUCGAUGGUAUACCCUUGCUUUUCCAAGUGGCCAUUACUUUGCUUUCAAUCUGUGAAGCCGAAUUGCGUCAACUCGAUUUCGAAGGAAUACUCAAGUAUUUUCGUGUAACGUUGCCCAAAAAAUGUCGCAGCUCUAGUCAAGCCCGUAAAAUCAUGAAAAUGGCUUGUGAACGUAAAGUCAAAAAAUUAAAGCAAUACGAAGAUGAGUUCUUCUUGCAGAAAAAGAAUGAGGAACGUAUUGAAAAAGAGGCACAAAUAUAUGAAGCAAAGUUUGGCGAAGAACGAAAAAAAUUACAAGCUGAAAUCGCUCUUUUGCAAAAGAAACUCGAUGACAGCACCGAGAAGGGAAUUCAAACCGAAAAGACACACACUGGAAUAACACAUGAUUAUAAGCAAAUUAUUCAGCGUCAAGAAGAGGAAAUAACUAGGUUAAAUGAAGUUGUCGAUGGAAUGUCGGCAACGAUAACAAAAUGCAGUGUGUGCUCGGAAAAUGUCCAGAAGAAUUCAUCGCUCAAGAAUGUUCUAAAGCCACAGAAAAAACAACCAGAUGAACCUGCCCUAGGACCUCUGGAUCCCAUAAAUAUAGCUACACAAAGAAUACGUGAGCUCGAGCUAGAACUUGCUCAAGCUAAACUCGCUCAGGUCGAAGCAGAAUGCAAGAAUCAAGAUCUUAACCAUCAGCUCAAUGCCACCUUAUCAGAAAUCCAAAAUAACCGCAGCAGCUGGCAACCAUGGCUGUCGAAAACGUUCAACUCUAUACAGGAAAAGGUCACGACAAGGCGCGAUGCCCCCACAUUCCAGUCGUACACAAAUCCAGGUCCCGACGAAGGCAGCAAUCAGGACCGCAGGGCAUCAUCAUUGGUAAUGGAACAAUCUCCAAAGAUGCCUUCUAAAUUCCAACAUGUACUCAGUCGCAACAGUAUUGAUAUUCUACCAAGGGAACGUCCCAUUUUAAGAGACAACUUGAGUUUCAAUAAUUUGAAAUAACAGCUGCGGCAGGAUGUUAAAUCUCCUCGCACCAGAAUCCUCUCAUCUUAACUCUGGACAUAAAAUCAAAAGAAAUAUAAAUAAAUUGUCGUUUUGCCUCGAAUGUAAUAUGGGAAUCAAAAUUUUAAGUUAUUUUGCCCCUUUUUUUAAUAUUUAUAAAAUUAAGUUAAUUGGUGCUCGAAUAUUUGUUUUUGUUUUUUUUUUUUUUUUUGUUUAACAAUCUCCCCAAUAUGAUUGUUCUCUUCUUAGAAACUAUAUUUUUAAAAUUAUUAGAUUUGAAUUCACUAUUUAAGAGCAAAACAAAAUAAGCACAAGUUAAAUGUGUGCACUUGUUUAAUAAAUGAAAGGAAACCAAAAGAAAAAAAAAAACACUUGGAAACUAUUUAAUUUGUUUUCUAUUAUUAAAAGUGUGGGCUAUUCGUAUAUAUAUUUUUGCACUUCAACCAGUUUAUCAAAACAUAAAAAUAU